AUGAGAGCCUUCACUCCGAGUGAACGCGGUGUAACAGUGCCCCCUGUGGUCACGUUCCAUUUCCGAACCCUGGUGCGAGUGUGCGCUCUGCGCUCGCGGAACCGGGGCGGGGCAGGGCGGGAAUCCCACCCAGCGCUCCCCGGGCCCCGCUCGCCCCCAAUGAACAACCAGGCGCGGGCCCCAGCCCCUUCCCCAGUCGGGACCCCGACUCCAGUCCGGUCCCCGGCUCGGGGCCGGACCUCGAUCCCAGUCCGGUCCCCAAACCUGGUCCGGGCCCCGACUCCAGUCCGGCCCCCGAACUCAGUCCAGGUCUCGCCUUCGAUCCGGGUGGCGACUCCAGCCCGGACCCCGACUCCGGCCCAGACCCCAACCCCGGCCCAGAUCCCAACCCUGGUUCGGACUCCGACCCCGGUUCGGACCCCGAUCCGGGUUCGGACCCCAACCCCGGUCCAGACUCCAACCCCAGUCCAGGCCCCGACUCCAGUCCAGGCUGCAACCCUAGCCACGCCCUGGAUCCCCGCCGAACUCCCUGCACCGGAAUCCUUCCCGACCCCGGCCCUGCUAUUGGAGUCACUCCCGGAACCGGCUCCGGAGCCCACUUUGUCACCUGAGAAGGAUCCUCCGAAGUCGUCGUCGACUCUGGCGCCCGGCCUAUCCGGGCACAUCCAGUGUUCCCUCCCAGCGCACACGCCAUCGGCCACGGAGAUUCUGGGGUCCACUCUCCAGCCCCUCCUGAAGGUCGACUCCUCCUCCGCCACCAAGCUGAUGGAUUCCGCCGCCGGGCUUGCCCCACCGCCUGUCUUGGGCACGGCGCUGUCAGCCAUUUUACCGGUUUCUAGCAACACAAGCCCCUCCACCAGCGAGACUUUGCCAGUGGACAACAGAGUCAUUAUUCGAGUGGUUUACUGUGGCCUCUGAAGCUACGGGCUUCGGUACCUUCUACUGAAGAAGAGUCUGGAGCAGCAAUUUCCAGAUCGUCUGCUCUUUGAGGAGAACAUUUCUGCCCAGGCUACGGGGGAGUUUGAAGUGUUUGUGGACGAGAAACUGGUCCAUUCGAAGAAGAAAGGUGAUGGUUUUGUGGAUGACACUAAACUACAGAAAAUUGUGAACAGUAUCCAUGAGGCAAUCAAGAUACGGUAG